GUAACAGGUUAAUUAAACUUACCCUUCAAACCUGUUCUGGAACCGCUAUGCCUCUAGUUAGCAAGGUUUGGAUUAGUUUAGGUUUAGCUGAUGGUAAGUUAACCCUGCUUUCUGGAAUACACCCUUGUUUGGUGGAGCUUCAAGGCCUGUUCUCACGAUUAGCCGCUAGAGGGAGUAAUAAACCUAUUUUACAAUCGCCCUAGACCGCGAGCUUCUUUACGACAUGUUUACUUGGUUUACGGCAGUUAAACACUGCAAGCACAUUUUUACGGAACAUUCCUCGCUCGAUUGAACAAGGGUAAAGAUCAAUAAAUGAUGAUUACCCAGCUCAUCUUCAAGAGAGUAGCUCCACACCUUCGCUGUGGGAGAUGGGCACAUGUACAAACACAUCUCAAACAACUGAUGCGGACAAACUCAGAUUUGUCUGAGUUUCGGGAGCUGUUCUCAAAGGCCAAACACAUUGCCAUCAUCACAGGGGCUGGAGUGAGUGCAGAGAGUGGAGUACCAACCUUCAGACAGGCAGGAGGACAGUGGAGGACAUGGAAAACACAGGAUUUGGCAACUCCUGAAUCUUUCUCUCGUAACCCCAGCAGAGUGUGGGAGUUCUAUCACUACCGCAGAGAACUCGCUCUGAAUGCCUGUCCCAGCGCAGCCCACAGAGCUAUUGCUGAGUGUGAGGCCCGGCUCAGCAAACAGGGUCGAUCUGUGGUGGUCAUCACACAGAACAUAGAUGAGCUGCACCACCAGGCCGGAUCUAAACAUGUGCUGGAGGUCCAUGGAAAUCUGUUUAAGACCAGAUGUGUAAGUUGUGGAGAUGUGGACAGCAAUCACAAGAGCCCCAUCUGUCCAUCACUGGAAGGAAAAGGUUCACCCGAUCCUGAUGUGAAAGAUGCACCCAUUCCUGUCAAAGACUUACCUAGAUGUGAUGAAAAGGGCUGUGAUGGUCUUCUAAGACCACAUGUAAUCUGGUUUGGAGAAACUUUGGACUCUCACAUCCUUACUAAAGUGGAGAAGGAGCUAGACACAUGUGACCUCUGUCUGGUGGUUGGCACCUCCUCCGUUGUGCACCCGGCUGCCAUGUUUGGUCCACAGGUGGCGUCCCGUGGCGUUCCAGUGGCAGAAUUUAACAUUCAAACAACACCCAAUACAACACGCUUCACGUUUCAUUUCCAGGGCCCCUGUUCAACAACCCUUCCCAUCGCACUUGCACGUCAUGAGUCUGAAGUCAUAUGAUGCUGAAAUAAUUGUCAUUUGCAAUAACAUUUAACUGGAUAUCAAAAUUUCUGAAAUAUUUUUUGUUUGUUAUGAAGCACAGACUGUUACAAUGUUACAUAAACUUAACAUGUUGAUUUCGAAUAUGGACCAAAGAAUCUGGAUUGUAGACUCAGAAAUGUUCUAGAAACAAUGUUGUGCCUUAUUUCUAUGCAUACUGUAAAUACUCACAUUGCUGAAAUGCCUUAUGUAUAGAAUAAAAGUAUUUACAAAGAAAUAAGCUUUCAUAUAAGCUGUAUAUAUUGAUUAAAUGUUUUAUGCGUUAACUUCCUUUCCUCUCUACUGAGUCUUAAAAGUUAAUCGUUUGACUCUAUGCACGUGUCAUAAAUAUAGUUUCUCCUUUUUUGUGUUGCAAGGUUCUCUGGUCAUGUCUAUAGAAUUACUGUGAAUAAAAGAAUUACCGCUAAAGGGAACCCUCAUAUUUCUGGCACAUGGAACCUACAAAUGUUACUUACAGUAUACUUUCACUACUCAACUCAACUUUAUUUAUAUAGCGCUUUUUACAAUUUUCAUUGUUACAAAGCAGCUGUACAUGAGACAUAUCGACUAUAAGCAAAACAACUAAAGUCAUAUACCUGUAAAAACAAGAAAAAGGUGAAAACAGAAGACAAACAUACCCACAUACAAACACUCCACACACACAAUAUGCACACAUUUUAACACACAUCGACCUAGACACACACACAGACAGACACCAACUCACUCACAGUGAAAGGACACAUUUAAGAUAAAGGAGAGAGAAACACAGGUCAAAUAUUAAACCGACUAUACAUUUCUACAUGCAAUAUUAUGUACAAUUUAUGAAUUCUAAAGCAGCCCCCCCCAAGCCAGGCAAAUAGUGCAAAACAGUAUUGGAACCCAAAACUCCAAUCGAGAAAAAAACCUCAAGAGAAACCAGGCCCAACCAGGGGAUUCCAGUUCCCCUCUGGCAAAAGCUGCUGCCUCUGCACAAGCUCAACAGUGCUUGAACGACAAGGCAAAAUAAAUAAAUAAAUAAAAUCUAUAGAUUUAAGAUUAUCUGAAUAAUCUAAUAGCAUUUUAAAUUUUGUAUUGAAGUCGUGUCAGGUCGGCGCAUCUUUUAUCCAGCUCUAUUACAGAUUUAUUUCAUGGAAGUGUAGUGUAUGCAAGAUUAAAUAAAGUCUUUAGUCUAGAUUUAAACUGACAGAGUGUGUCUGCCUCCCGGACAGUGCAGGGAAGAAUAUUCCAAAGUUUAGGCGCUAGAUAAGAAAAGGAUCUACCACCUGCACUAGGUAUUACCAACUGACAGGACGCUGUGUUUUUGACCAUUUGGAGUUUUUGUAAUAAGCCUGCAGGGCAACAACCUUAAAGUGCAUUACAGUAAUCUAGUCUUGAUGUCAUGAAUGCAUGAAUUAACUUCUCAGCAUCUGACAGUGACAGCAUAUGACGUAGUUUAGAUAUAUUCUUAAAAUGGAAAAACUCUAUUUUAAAGGUGUUGGCAACAUGGCUCUCAAAUGACAGAUCACUAUCAAAUAGAAUGCCAAGAUUCAUAGCUGACGACAAGGGUUUUAUGAGCGUCCGCCAACAGUUAAGCAGUAUUCUUGGUUGUUACGUACGGUGGUUUUCAGUCCAUUAAGUAACACUUCUGUUUUGUCCGAGAUCAGUAAUAAGAAAUUGUUACUCAUUCAGUUUUUUAUAUCGACUAUGCAUUCCAUUGUCUACCAUUUGUCCAGUAUCACUAUAAGUAAUAAUUGUAAUUUACUUGUACUAGUAUUCUUUACUUUUGUAUUUAUGUCAAUAAAAUACCAGUGGAAAAUCUUUACAAACACAAUCAGAGCAAUUUUUAAAUCAAAAAUAUAUUGAUUCAUGAAACCUUUCUGUGUUACAACUGUAGUUCAACACAUGUAGCUGUUUUCAUGUGCUCUGGUAAAAUGUAUGGAUAUUUGUUGCUCGAAACCAGCAGAUUUAAUCUUUUUUUUACAUUUAAUUUCUGAUUCACGUAAUAUACUGUAUAUA